GAGAGAAAGAGAGAGAGGAGGAGGAGGAGUGUGGGGGACGGGCAGACGGAGAAGCUCCGACGGACGGACGCAGGGAGCCAUCAGGGUGGACUGGCGCCAUCGGAUGCUCGGCGCUCGCACCCCUUUCCUCUGUCUCUUUCUUUCUAUCUUCGCCUCGGAUUAGAAGCAGGCACUGCCAGCCAGCAGCAAGGCGAGGAAGGCCCUGGGUCCAUGCCCCACGAUCACACCCCCCGGACUGCCAAGCAAUCCAGCGACGCCGUGAGACGCAGCAGAGAGCGAGCCACCGGCUAUGGCCCUGUCCUUGCCACGCACACUGGGUGAACUCCAGCUGUAUCGUGUCCUGCAGCGAGCCAACCUCCUCUCCUACUACGAGACCUUCAUCCAACAGGGCGGUGAUGACGUGCAGCAGCUGUGUGAGGCGGGCGAGGAGGAGUUCUUGGAGAUCAUGGCUCUGGUUGGCAUGGCGACUAAGCCGCUCCACGUUCGGCGCCUCCAGAAGGCCCUGCGGGAGUGGGCAACCAACCCAGGGCUCUUCAACCAGCCGGUGCCCUCCAUACCCGUCAGCAGCAUUCCGCUUUUCAAGAUUUCUGAGUCAGGGGGGCGCAAAUCGCUUACCAAUGGCCAUACCAGCCCCGGAGAGACCCCAGGGAAAGCCAGUGGUACCUCCCCUGCCAAGAGUCCCUCAGAGGCAAGAGAAAAGCUGUCCCCCUUGCCAGUGAUUCACUGGGGCAAUCCAGAGUCGGAAGAGGAAGGGGGGGCAUCUUCACCCAGUGAGCACCCUUCUUCUGCGGAGCGGCUUGAUCCAGAACUGGUCCAAGCAGUGGCAGAGGGUGCAGAUCGUCUUCUGCGCAGCUGUCCCCGUGGUGGAGAAACGGAGCUGCGAAGCCUCAUGAAGCUGAAUAAGAAGCUGGCAAAAACAGUGGGCCAUAUCUUUCGCAUGGACAAUGGGGACCCUCGCAAAGAGGAAGAGAUCCGGCGCCACAGUGCCAUCUAUGGACGGAGUGGGGCGCAGCGCUGUGAGGGCAAGCAACUCACACUUCAUGAGCUCACCAUCAAUGAGGCUGCUGCCCAGUUCUGCCUACGGGACAAUUCGCUGCUGCUUCGCCGUGUGGAGCUCUUCUCAUUGUCACGCCAGGUGGCCCGGGAGAGCAGCUACCUGUCCUCACUUAAGGGAUCCAGACUGCAUCCAGAGGAGGGCGGUGCUGGGCAAGCCAAGCGUCUCAAGCAGGAGGUUGUAGAGCACAGCCGCCCUGAACUUCCUUUGGUUUGUGAGCCCUUUCUUCCUCAGUAUCGGUCUAGUAUUGAGGAAGACACAGCCAGCUUGUCAGGGGAAAGCUUGGAUGGACACCCGCAAGCCACAGGCUCAUGUCCGCGGCUGACACCCCCCCCCAACACUACUCCCGACACACUGCUGAGUCUCCCGCCCCAUGGACUAUGGAGCCGUCAUAUCCUGCAGCAGACGCUGAUGGAUGAAGGGCUGCGGUUGGCCCGGCUGGUAUCCCACGAGCGGGUAGGACGGGUCAGCCCCUGCCUGCCAGGAAAAGCCCAGCUGCCUGAGUUUGGGGAAAACCUUUCUGAGCGGUGCCAGCCUCCAGCAGCACAGCCUGAUGUGAGAAGGAACAGUGUCAAGGUGGAACCAGAAACCAGCCGGCAAUGAGCGGCAGGUGACUUGUUGCUCGGUCACCAAGCAAUAAUGUGCCAACUAGCUCUGCACAUCAGAAAGCCUGCAGGGGAGAGGGAUGCAAUCCUCUGCACCGCCACAAGGAGGCAUGCUUGACUUCCUUGGCUGAAGAACCACCAUAUUAGCACAACGCACCCAUUACCCACUCCUAGUUCUCUUCACAAAAUGGAGAACAGAGAAUGCGUGCCAUGUGCCAGGCCUAUCUCACCCUAUUAAUAGUGCAGGAGGGGCAUCUUGGUUGCAGCUGAUAGCCAUGAGCUCAGGGAGGCCAAGCCCCUGGCUGGUUUGGCCCUGUGAGGUCAGUCUCACCCACAGCCUUUCCCCUCAUGUGGGACCUGGGACUGUGGUGUACACAGCCAUUUUUAAGAAAAGCACAUAAAUAUGCUUUCUGCCCUUUAUGGAAAAGCAUUCAGUUUCCCAGCUACAAAACACUGAUCUUCUUCCCAAAUGCUCUCUACGCCCACAUUUCUUACAACCACGCACUGACUCAUACAUGCCUUCCAUAUGUGUACAUACAAACCAUUUUUCUCACUGCCAUUCCCUCUCUCUCUCUCUCACACACACACACCCCUAACUUAUGCGCAAAUACCCCUAGUGAGACACAUCCCUCAUGUCCACCCAUCAAGUUAUCUCACUCUUUGAUGCAGAACUCCUGCAGAAAGCUGAGAACAGCUCUGUCAUCAUUACCUCCCUUGGUCUGACUUGAUGUUUAGUCACCAAUAGUACUGAGCAUUGCUCAGCCCUGGUUCAAAGGCUUUGAAGUACUUUGCUUCCAUAACUGCUCUAAAGAAUCUGUUCUAGAAUUUUACAGCUGAGCAGCCAGCAAAAAAAUUGUCACCAUUUGUUUGCAGGCAUACCAGUGACAAUUACUGUUCCGUCCCUGUCGCCAUCCAGUAGCAGCUUAAUACUUUGCAAUAUACUGAAAUUAUACAGCUGCAGGAACUGGAACUGACUAUAAAGGCUUUUUGCCUGAAAUCUUCCCUAUACCCUAAGUUUACAUGAUCUGUAGAUAGCCUAAGAAGGGUUAGGGUCAAGGAAGGAGGAGAUGGUCUUGUCUUAAUGAAAAUCUGAAGGAAAACCAUUCAUUCACUUCAAAAUACUUUCCUUCUCCCCAUCCCCAGCAUUCCAAAUAUCCAGAGGCUUUCAUCUCACAUUCUUGAGGGUUGUCUAUACUUUUCUUUCUUGCAGUUCUAACACAAGCAAGAAGGGAAAUAAACUACCAAGAGGAAUUAAGCACUUGCAGAAUUAGGUUGGAUCUAGAUUCACAUUGGAUCCUUUGCUCUAGCUGAAGUCGACUUGACGUCCCAUCCGUCCCGUCCCAUCGACUGGGCUAAGCUGCAGUGUGUGGCUGGAGAGGAAGGAAUCCCCAAAAUUGGGCAGAGUGAUUGUUGGCAAACAGAGCCUUUCAUCUCAUGAAAUUCCCCUUCUUCUGGAAAGUAGAUCUGGGUUGCCACAAGCUGUGGUGUGUACCUGCAAUAGUUUGAACCACACCCACCAACACCAAGGAGGCAUAGAUUUUCCAUCUUGGAGCAGCUGCUGCAUUUAGACAAGAAGUCGCUGCAUCACUGCACUAGCAAAAGGCAGCCACAUAAAGUACAGGUACAAAGCGCAGGUGUUCAUGCCAUUUACCACUGGCAUUGGUCCAACUAGUUUCAAAUUCACACUCCAAGCUUCAGUUGUUUGCUGUUCAAGCACUCCUGAACACUUCAUUGAUAAUCUACCAUUGACUCUCCUGCGACCUUUGAACAGGGGGACAGCACAAAAGUUUUUGGAGCUAACUACUUCUUGGCAGAUAGGUACAAUGAUUUUUAAAGAGACCAGGGCCAUUUCAAAUGUAUUGUUAUCCUAAGCAAAACUUCAUCUUGCAGCUCCUAUCCUGGGUCAUACUGUGUGCCAGGGUGGGGGUGUUUCCUCCUUCAAGGGUUUUCUUGACAAGCCCCCUUUCCCUGCUGAAUAAUUAAGGGGAAUGAAGGAGAGGCACUGAAGUUGAGAAUACCGUUGGAGGAAAGGGGGCACCUGUCCCCCCUGUUGUUCUUCUGCAAGCUCUCCAAUGUAGCAAGUCAGCUUGAUUGCUUGUUGGACUUGGCAGGCCCAGAGAAAGGCAACCUCCUCCAUUCUUGUUCACCCAACACAAGGAACUCUAACAGAACCACUGCUUCUUGGGAGGGGAGUGAAAGAGGAGUAGCGGUCACUUCACCCCAAAGGCAUGGCCAGUGCAGCAGUCCAGGGUCUUACUUAACUGAAACAACUAUUGCUUGAAAAUGCAGGUGCAGAACAGAUCGUUCAGGGAAGCCUUGAAAUCCUGCUGAGGCAACAUAAGUACACAUCUGCUUUUGGUUCUAGUUGUUACCCUCUCCCAUAGAGCCUUUGGUGUCUUUAUAGGAAAACUAGCACCCUUUCCUUUGUAAUGUGUACAGUAGAUUAUUUAUUUUGUUAUUUUGGAAUAAAGUCUUAUUUUAUUGGCUUAAA